UUGCUGCGUUAGAAGUUGGAAUGGUUUUAGAUUGGAUAGGGUCGAAGUCCGCGGGUCGCCUUCUUUCUUUCUUCCAGGCUCUUCCUACUCGUCUAGACGCCAUCGCCGAGGAGCGAGAGCUCUCUCUCUCCUCUUCCAAGCUCUCUUUCUUUCGAGGAAGGGAAGGGAAGCGAAGAGAAAGGAAACCUCCCCCUCUCUUCUCAUCUUUCUGGGCGAUUCGGCUCGUGGUGGAUUGAUAUAUAUCGAGGCCCGCUAAUCGGUACUUCUUCGAAGGGAUCGACGACUAGAUCGGUCGUCUGUCUCGCGAUCUUGGAGGGAGGGGUGCGAAGAAGGAUCCGCGGCGGUGGUGCGGCGGAUAAGACCGGACGGAAAAUUUAGGAGUGGGGUUGAGAGGAGAAGGGUUUAAAGUUUAAACUUUAAAGAAGGUGGUGAUAAAGAAGCAAAAUUUCACCCAGUACCAUCAGAAAUGAAGGGCCUUAGGAGCAGUGAAGGACCGGUUCAGUACUGGCCUGGCCGACGUAAAGACUAUGAAUCAUGAUGAGGAUUCCGCCAACGAGAAAUACCCUAUAGCUAUCCUUAAUCUGACCUUGUAGUCGCGGGGUUGUGUGAGGGCAUGCAGGGCCACGAGUCAAAACGCAUUCGCAAGACAUGCAGCUGAAGGUUGCUGACGGGGUUUGUGUAUUUUCACAUGAGAUACUCGACGGGCAUCCUUGCAUGAAUCUUACUUUGACCGUAAUUGGGUGAAGACCUAAGAUUCUUGGAUGAUGGAAAAGAAGGAAAAUAAGAUUGUAAUUAUUGGUGAUUUUGACAGGAAAAAUUGAAGGAAGUUGACUUUUAAGCUGUAGGCUGUAAUGGAAGAUGGUGCCUGAGGCGGCUGUGGAGUUGCUCAAAUUGAAUAUCAAGAAGGUCCUAUCUUGUUCGGUUUAAUGUUUCUGAAAGUACAUAGCCAUGGAUGAUGCAGUAGAUUUGACUGGGGAUGGAGGUGUAGUCAAGAGAGUUAUAAGGAAAGCCAGAGAUGACGCAAUUGCACCAUCAGAGAACCUUUCCCUUGUUGAUGUUCAUUAUGAAGGCACCCUUGCUGACACUGGUGAAAUUUUUGAUACCACACAUGAAGACAAUACUAUUUUCUCAUUUGAGCUUGGGAAGGGCUCUGUUAUCAAGGCCUGGGAUAUAGCAAUGAGAACUAUGAAGGUUGGGGAGGUUGCAAAAAUUAUUUGCAAGCCAGACUAUGCCUAUGGAAGUGCUGGUUCUCCUCCAGAUAUACCACCAAAUGCAACUCUGAUCUUUGAGGUGGAACUGGUGGCUUGCAGACCGCGGAAAGGUGCCAGUCUUGGUAGUGUUUCAGAUGAAAAGGCAAGGCUUGAGGAAUUAAAGAAGCAGAGGGAGAUGGCAGCCGCGUUCAAAGAGGAAGAGAAAAAAAAGAGAGAAGAGGCAAAGGCUGCAGCUGCUGCGAGAAUACAAGCCAAGUUGGAAGCAAAGAAGCACCAGGGAAAGGGCAAGGGAAAAGCAAAAUAGAUGGCUCUGUCAUUUGCUUCAUGGACAAAGUUGGACUUAGAAAUGAACCAAUGAAAAACGUAUUUGGAGCCUUCAGAAGUUUAAGAACUCCGACAUAUUUGGCGCCCCUUGGAUUGUGUAACGCUUUUCUGCCAUUUGUUGCAGCAGGGUAAAAGUCGAACAAAACUUGAUGUACUUACAUUUGCAGCCUUUGCACUCCUGACGGGAUUUGUCUGAGAAUAAAAAGGGGAACUUGCUUUGUACAAUAAAAUUAUACAACUACUGCUUAAGCAGUAACUGCUAUAGAUCUUUAUCAAUGGAUGGUCUCCUUGCACAAUGUGGUGCAUGAAA